AUGGAGCAGUCGAGGUACAAGUCUGCCUUGGUGGCGUUCAUGUCGUUCAAGGACGGCGUUAACUACUCAGCGGACAUGAACUUCAGUGAACAAGCUCGGCUAAAUAUUACCCCCGAGCAACUCUGCAGAUGGAUGAAUCACCGUGCAUACGGAAGCAACCCUACUCGUUCUGAGGCCAUCAACCAACUCAUUAAGACGGUGAAGCGCUUCGAAGUCCGUCGUGAGGGAGUCCUGUCCAGUGCUAGACGGCCUAUUGAAUACGACGAGUUCCGAGACUUGUUGACCUUCGUGCAAAACGAUGGCAAACAGACCCAGCACUACAAGAUCAACAGCGUGUUUACACUUCAGUGGCAUUUAAUAGCCCGGGUUGACGACAUGAUGAAGCUGAGAUUUGAGAACAUCUCGCCUAACGUUCAAAACCCCGACAUAUUGGAUGGACCUCGCUUCCGCAAGCUCAAGAAAGGGAAUUUAGGUACUCACAGUCUUCGGAAAGGCGCAGCAACCUAUGGUAGUCGAAGUGGUGUGUCAAAGGACUAUAUCAACCGUCGGGGUCGAUGGCGCACGCGUAAAUCUGUUGUUGAUGUUUACAUUGACAAUACACUACCCUAUCCUGAUGCAAUGGCAGCGGCCACACUGACGGGUCCACUAGGGCCUUGUUUCUACUUUGAAAAACCUGGAGUGCGGUGUGUUACGACAACGCUUUUGGUUGACAAGAUCGCGAAGUGUAUCAAGGGUCUAAUGGGGGAAAGUGUUGCUAAAACACUCGGACUAGUGCUGUUGUGGGCGGCCUUAGAGCCCAAAAGUAGCUAUGACUACGAACUUCUUCCCGAAAACCUACGACAUCAAAUUAUUCAAGCAUACCAAGAUAAAGGAGGCAAUUCGUCUGUGAAUCCUGUUCAUCGAGUUCCGUUUCAUGUGGUCGGUGAAGGUGGGGGGCUUCACCUUGUUGAAGUGAGGGAUUUUGCCUGUGACUCUGAAGCUGGGCACAGUUCUACCGUGGCAGACGCCACGACUGCUCGCAAAGACUUUGCAGCAAUGCAUUCGCAGUUCUUUGGUGUUAAGCGAUACAUCGGCGAGGUAAUGAGCGAGGUGAUGCAUUUGCGAACUGAGAUACAACGCGAGCUCCAUACAAUAAAGGCGAGCGUGAACAAGAUUGCAGUGCAGCCGGUGAUACGCCAAAUACUGGGUAGCAGAGUUGACGCCACAGGUGAACGCGAGCUAAACCCACCGCGAAUCCAACGCGCUACUGUUAAACUCUCGAAAAGACCCAAGGAUUUAUUUGAACUGUGGCAUGAGUACGAGUUUGGAUACGCUGGAGUGAAGCCAGCACGAGACUUUACAUCAGUCAAAAGGAGUGCCAACAAAUUUGCGCACAGUCGUCGUAAGGUGUUCUGGGAUGAGUUGCUGGACUUGCACAAGCAGGGUUCACAAGUGACGCUGCUAUUGACAAGAUAUAUGCUAAGUACGGGUGGCAGCUUUCAGUGA